UGGAGGAACUGGAAAGAGCUUGAAGAUAAAAUCAGAGUAAAAUAAGUGGCAACAUUUCAAAUGACCAUGAAAAACAUGGACAGGCUAAAAUUGAGCGUUUCUUAUUACACCACACUAAAUAAUUUAUUUCUUGUUUCCAGUGUUUCGCUGGUGCUCUCGCUAAAGUGCACUUCGCAAGAGGGGAUAAUAAGCAACUGAGAUUAAUGGUCGGAAAAUAUUUUCCCCUACUUAACUAAUGAACUCCAGGGAGCUGUAGUUAGGAGAGGAAAAAGAACAAUUCGACAGAAACUCGGUAAGUUAACGCUAUCUUGAAGCAUUCACUGAUCCAAAGAAACCUUUCAAUCUUAAAGGACGGCGGUUCAAAUGAUAACUGCGAUUAGUAAAAUCAAAACAAAAACAAUUGUCUAUAAAUUCAGGACAUAUUUCAUACCAUACAGCCUAGAAAUUCUAAAUUUGAGUGAAGUGUCUUUUGGCAAUAUUUUAAGCAACAUCUUAAUUAGAAAAUGAUAUAAUUUACCGUGGUCUGAAGUCAUGUUUUUAACUGUGACAAUUACAAAGGCGCUGUGGUUUAUAACCGUUCUUUAAAAUUUAAUGGUGAUUAGAAAGCAAUGAUUUAAAUAGACCUUUUUGGCCGCGAACUACUUCUUGGGCUUUUGCUGAUGUUGCGAACGUAAACUGGCUAAAAUUUUAAAAACAUUUUUGAUAGAGCAAUUUUCGUACGCCCCUACAUUAUGAAAAUUCGUUGUUUUUACAAAUAGCAUCUUUCAAAAAGAUAACCGAACAACGGAAAAACAAUGUUAGGUGGCCGCAACAGGUGGUUGGUUCUAACCUUAAAAUGUGGCCAUACGAGCCGGAGCCAUUGUAUUUUCUUCCGAAAGCUCCGUGAAUUGUAUGGGAAAUAACACCAGUUUAAACGGGAAUUUCUUUUACGAAUUUAAAGCAAAUACCUAGGCAUUUUGCUUCCUAUUGCUGAAUGAGAAUUAUUUCAGAGACAAACCGGCUUGAAUGUAAAUAGAAAAUUAUGCUUCGAACUAUUCCAAAGCUUUCAUAAAAACUACACUCGCACAACCUGAAUUUUCUGAGAAUUGCGUCUGUAGACAUUAAAUAGUGACUUUUUUUCUGAGUAAGGUAAUUUGAUGCUGAAUUGUUGUAAAAAUGCAAGAUGGACAUCCUCCAACCCCUACUCCACCCACCGCGCGAUGAAAUCUGGGUAACUCAGGCCACGGUUUCUUUAGUGAAUUCUCCCUUUCCUGCUGAGCUCAGAAGAAAUGUUCCGAGUUUGUAUAGCAAGCACUAUCAUGAGCAAAAUAAUUUCAAUUUUAAACAGUACGUCAAUUAAAUCGCAUUUUACCACAGUUAAACACCGUUGUUCCGUUUCAUUUGUCGGGGGUGGAAGCGGAAUCAUUAAUUACGAUUCCUACUUACAAAACAUGUAAGAAUAAUGAAUCUUUGUUUUAAGAACUUGGGAAUCAUGAAUCUUUGCACUUCGGCUCGGGAAUCAUGAAUAACGAGACUCUGAGAAAAAAGCUCAACAAAAUACACGUAUAAAUUAGUUGCGUUCGAUCCAUGGAAUGCAGGAUAUGGGGUUUCAGAGAGUCCAAUUUUCCAAACUUUUUCCCGGGGAGCAUGCCCCCGGACCCCCCUAUAUAGUUCGAGUAAUCGGGGCUGAUAGUCCAACUGUUUCUCCAGUAACCUGGUGCUUAAUGUGCAGUUACAAAAACACUCCACACCUAGAUCAAACAAAUGAUGAUACAGUGUCUGGAUGAAGUAAAAGUUUGAACGCCGAAGAAAGUAUACAAAAGGAGACUAAGUUGCCACUGAGAGAAUCAGUAAGUCAAUAGGAAAUCAGAAGUCUUCGUGAACAAUGAAUCUGGAAGAAGUUUCUAGUAGGAAUCUUUAAUCAUUGAGGCAAAAAGGGCAGGAAUCAUGAAUAUCAAGAUUCAAAUGAUUCUGCUUCUUCCCCCGACAUUUCCAAUAUUACCGGCACGCGCAGUUCAUGUUUGACAUACUUCAUUCACGCUCCGUUUUUAUGAAGAAAACGUUUCCCCGGAUGAUCCGCCUACCCAAGCUACCCAGGGCGAGUCAACUUUUGAUUCAUUUCCUUACAAAACGUGGCGAAACGUUUACAUGAAAAACAAAACGUUGAUUCGGCCAUGCAAUGGUAAAGACAUCCUCCCAGCCGGGCGAACGUUUCUCCAUAUAAACACUUUGGCUUGCCCAGCCUUGUAAACUCGGUCGAGGUGAGAUAAUCAGAACAUGCGUGAGCGCUGUUUUAGACAACCAGAGCAUGCGUGGGCGCUGUUGCCUCGGCUGAGAAGGUGACCCAAUCCCCGUCGCUGAUCAAAAGGAUAUCGGUCCCUGGGAAGGAGAUUGAAGGUGACUCUUCUAGCCGAGGGAGGCUGUCUUCGUAUAAAGGGGUCCUAGCGCGAGGAGCACUGGUUAUAGAAGUUGGAAAACAACGGAGCUGCAGUUUUAACUGCAGUUCAAGUUGUAAACUCCCUCGUGGCUGUGCACAAGUUAUGACUGAAUACAUAAAUGCGACGUUUCUAUUGGUCUAAGCAAGGAUUUAAAUGACAGGUAUGCAAAUGAGAAGUCCUUAAAAGCGACAGAAAGUCAGUCUGACCGACUUCAAAGCCAUGAUUCCACUUUAUCAACUAUGGUUGCACUUACCUUGCUUUUAAAUAUACUGUGUAUGGACGAAUUCUCUUAAAUGGUGUUUCGCCAUCGGUCCAGGUUUGAGAGGAAAAAGAGAGACUUUCAACUAGUAUCUGUUGCAAAUUCCCACGUUUUCAAAGCCGAUCGAGGUGAUUACUAUCUAUCAGGUCAUAGUUGGAGGGUGCAGGGUUUAAAAACAGAAAGCACUCCGGGCUUACAUCCGGGCUCACGUCAUUAAUAGGGCUAAUAUAUAAUGUUCGGAGGACUUUAUAGGUCCUCUCUAACACUUCAAUUUAUAAUUACUCUCAUCCAUCAUAAACAGUGCUAUAUGUGUGAUAAAAUUUACUAUAAAUAUCAAAUUUUCUUUCAAUAAAUUGCAGCGUGUAACAUACUUUAGACAAAUUAGUACUGUUUUAUUACACUGUAACUGCGCAUCUCCUUUCGGCACAUGAUUUUAAACCAAUGCAUUCUUCUUUUAUGCUUUCGUUUUUCAGAUCUCAGAAGAAAAUAGCCAUGUAAACUUAGAGAAAUGGCGAAUCCGCUUGAUUCCCUUCGCGAGAUUACUAGAUACCCUGGCCCCUGGACCUGAGAAUCAAGCCCUGAUUUGGAAUCAGUAA